AUGAAGCUGCUCCUCUCUCUCCACAGCCUCGUGCUGCUGCUCGUCUCUCUCCGCCUCACUGCUGCCUCUCCUCCAUCCAAGCCGGCAGUCGACGACCUCACCACCCUCCGCGCCCAGCUCGCGCACUACGAAACGCCACUCAUCCAGACCUACCUCUCGCGCAUCUCCUUCGGCGUCAGCCUCCCUCACGAACGCUCGCUGAUCCUCUCCGCGCUUAUCAACGCUCCGUACCCUGCACCUCGGUCGAUCGAGGCAUGGCUGUCCACUCCCUCCGGCCGUGCGUUUGGUUCGGACGCGCCGUUCCCGCCGGCUACUCGGUACGUCACACCGGCUGUCCCGCACGAUGCGCAGACUCAGCCUGUCGACGGAAUCUGGUCUACGGGUCGUACACCUGCCGAUCCCACGAGCAUCUCCUACUUCCUCCUCUCCCAAAUUCACACCCUGCCUCCGCCCAACACCACCUUGACGGACAUCUCUUCCCUCCUCAACCUCGAUACGCUUCUCUUGCACCUCACAUCCGCACGUGUACUUCUCGGUCAUCCAAUCGGCCUCUCGAAAUUCACCUCUUCUUCGGAAACCUUCUGCCGCAUCCUCACCAACACCUCUUCUUCCCCUUCCUUCAAGUCGGCUCAAAUCUCUGCGGCACUCACAGAUCACAAGCAGGAAUCGAUCGUCCUAUCCCGCAUCUCCCAGAAAACCGACCUCUUCUCAACGUCCUUCUCCGGAGAUCCUCCCUACCAACGCAACGUCACUUCCGACCUGUUGACCCUGUUCAGUGCGUACCUGAUACCUAUAACCACCCACAUCGAAACCCAAACCAUCAUAGGCCUGCGUUCCAGUUGCACAUAG